UUCCUAUACCUAUGCUAUUUGAAGCAAGUAGGCAGGUCUAAGAAGGUAUGCUGGGGCAUAAGAAAGAACCAUCCAUCCAUCCAAUACCUUCAAAGUUUUCAAAUGGAACUUGAACUGAAUUUCAAAGUCAUACCUUUCACCAAAUCGGAGGCAUUGGGUUCACUAUAAAUACUCCACUUCCAUGCAUUCCCAACUUAAUUAAUUACCUUUCCUCAAUCCUUCUUUCCUUAAUUAGCUUCCUUCAAUGGCAGUUCUUCAUCAGUGUCUUCUUGCAGUUCUUAUUGGGACUUUCCUUGUGAUUCAAUCUCCAGGAGACGCUGCAACGUGUAGUGAUUGUUUCAUUCAGUCUCAAGCAACGUACUAUCCAAAUUCUGAUGACAAUGGCACAGAUAGUGGGCACUGUGGAUUUGGUACAUUUGGAGCAACAAUGAAUGGUGGAGAUGUAUCAGCAGCAUCAAAUCUUUACCGUGAUGGCCUAGGAUGUGGUGCUUGCUACCAGGUGAGAUGCACCAACAGCUUGUAUUGUUCUGAUAAAGGCGUGACAGCAGUAAUAACUGACAGUGGAGGAAGUGGUGGUGACUUCAUUCUAAGCAGCGGCGCCUUUGGUCGGAUGGCUCAGACAAAAGACGCUGCUCGGUCUCUAUUAUCACAAGGAGUUGUUGACAUUGAAUAUAGAAGGGUUCCCUGCAGCUAUCCAGGCAAAAAUAUAACAUUGAAGAUACAUGAUAAAAGUGGGAACCCUCAUUACCUAGCUUUUGUAAUAAUGUAUGAGCAAGGACAAAAGGAUAUUACUGCAGUACUACUGUGUGAGACACAAAACUUGCAGUGCAAGUUAAUGGAUCGGACAUAUGGAUCAGUGUGGACAACCAACUCACCCCCAAGUGGAGCCUUGCAAGUAAGGAUGCUAUUUAGUGGUGAGGAUGGAGAUGAUGAGACAUGGGUAGUUGCUCCAAACAACAUUCCAGAAAACUGGAAGCCUGGUGACACAUAUGAUUCAGGAGUGCAAGUUUAAUUAACUAACAAAAUCUCCAGACUUAAGCGGUGUUUGACAAGUCCAGACUUAAGCGGUGUUUGACAAAUGGUUGUUGGCUAAUAGCUUAAUUUUGUUCUUUAAUUGCAUUUCAUUUAUAUUAUAUUGUCAUCAUUAAAUAAAGCUCAUUGGCUAUGUGUAGUGUAAGUUCUAAAUUUCCAUCACUAUCAGUUCAUCAUUUUUUUUUUGUUUCUCUAAAUGUUGUAGGGUAGGCUAUGCUAGGUAGGAAGUACUUUAUUAUAAUUGUUGUAUACGAGAAUGGUUGGCAAAUUAAUUAAAGAUUUAUUA